AGAAUGCGGGGUCUAGCAAAGCCCAUCUCCACCCGACGUCCAGCACAGGCUUACUUAAUCAUUCAUAAAAGCGGAAGGGCUUGGGGUUGACGUCAGGUAGACACUUUCUGACUAGUAUUGUCGUCAAUCAAAGCCUUCGACCAAAUCCACUUCCAUUUCAAAGGCCCUGUUUUUUGUCGUUUUUUUGAAUUUGGAUGUCGCCGCCUCACUAGCAGUACUUUGCCGCCACUUCGAAUUAGAAUUGGUAUGGUAUUUUCAGUAGUUCCCAUCCCUCAACAAUCGAUGAUCUAUCAUGAUGCUCUUAAAGCAGCUGAAAGCUCCGAGCCGCAUCGAUGGAUCACAUCUCUUCCUCUGACUCUUCAACUUUGCUUUUCGAACCUUAGCGAACAACAUGCAGACAACUUGCUCAAAAUUCAAUGUCUCUGAAUCGGUUUCAGAUAUCAUCGGUGCACUGCAAAACAUCCUUGCACGCUCGCAGGUGAUUCUUCCAGACCUUGAAACUCCAUACUCUAGAUUCCCAAAUACCGACCGAUCUACCAUCGGGCUCGAAGGCCAGAGCGUUAUAAACAUCAUCGCCGAGCGUCAGCAGCAAUUGGAUGCAGCUCUGCAAGAGAUCUCAGGCCUGGAGGCCGUCAUGAAUAAUGUCAAAAAUUUUCAUCAGCAAGUCGUUGAAAAGAAGGAGAAGAUUACGCAAUCGAUGAAUCUACACAAGGGACUUGUAUCGGCUCUUUGGCGGCUGCCAACGGAAAUCCUAUCCCAAAUAUUUAUCCACUGUCUCCCCGAAACCAAAUUGUUGUUGUCCCCAUCAACCCUAAAAGCCCCCAUGCUGUUAACAGGCAUAUGCCGACGAUGGAGGGAGGUUACUUUGGGUACGCCUGAUUUAUGGUGCAGGUUGUAUGUAGAAGUCGACGAUAGGGACUGGGAGCAGGCAGCUUUCUGUUAUGAUUUAUGGCUCAAGCGUUCGCGAGGACGUCCGCUCUCGUUAGCACUCGGGCGCUACCACUCGACCAAAUUACGAAGCCUUCUUCAGCCUUACAUAACUCAUAUCACAUCUCUCCGAGUCUCUACCUGUUUCUCCCAGGGCGAAUGGCCCCAGCUUUUUCUGACAGACCUCCCAGCACUUCAGGAGCUGGCCAUCCUAGGAAUGACAAAUGUUGACAUUCCAACUAUUGCACAAUUUAUCUCCCGACUGCCGUCCACUAUGCGCAGUCUCAAGUUCAUUGACAUGGGGCCGUUUUUCGACAUCGAGCGCUUGUCUUCUCUCAGUCCUGUAUGGGCGCACCUGACGGAUGUGCAAAUCACCGUACUUAAUCCGAACGCAGCCCUCCACUUGCUUCGGCUAUGUCCCAACCUCUCCUCCCUAACUUUCCACGUAGUACUCGACCAAGAAGAAUCCUUGAAUUCAUUCACGCACACCAAAUUACAAUCCUUAGGCAUCCCUCAUGGCACUUUGUCCAAGCGCCUUUUAUCCGACCUCCUCAAUGCGCUAACGCUUCCUAAUUUGCGCACGCUUGAAGUUAAAGCUCGCCGCGAUGUAUCUUGGCCUCAUGAGGAUAUGAAGGCAUUGUUGGUACGGUCAAAGUGUCCCCUGGAGACCCUGACUGUUGGCGGUCGAGUGAUGAUAACAGAUGCGCAACGAGCGGAAUAUGUUUCCCUCAUUCCUUCCCUUCAAGUAGUAGCGGAUCACGACAGUGCAUACUUUUGAUAAUACUCUGUGGUUACAUAUGUAGAGAAAUCACGCUUUCGGGCUGACAGUAGAAUGAUACAAUGAGGCUAGUAGGAGAAUAGCAUGAUCUGCGAAGCGAAAA